AUGUCCCACACACCCGAUUUCAGGAUGACGGUGGAACGUCCCGGCCGCGACUCACCGUCGCCAGAUAGUCAGGGCUACCUUUACGUCACGCCUUUCCACCUCGAGUGUGGCGCCGAGAAAAAGCGACUUAUGGUCCACAAGGAGCUCAUGUGCUCCGCCAGUCCCUACAUCAAGGAUCUAUGCGACAAGGCCAAGCCACUGAGGGGCUCGUCCGAAAAUCUCGCUGGGCUUUCCCGUUUCUUCGAAGAGUCUCUGAAGGAAGGAAAUGCCGCUGGAAUCAAUACAAUACGCGUCAAGAUGCUCAUCAACGUUUGGAACGGCAAGUACGAUGUCAGUGCAAACCACAAGAAGGACCUGAGGGCCCUCAUAAAGAAUCAAACGAACUCAGCGUACAUGAACAACAAGAUGAGGGAUACAAAGAAUGCACCAGAAGGGGUCGCCGCGACCAAUCCCGGACAGGAUAAUAUUCCUGAUCGCUUGUGGCUUCUCAAGGCCGUUGCAGUCAGGAAAGUAGCUGAGGCCCUUCACGAUGCAUUGAAGACAGUCAAGAGAGCGGAGUCCGAGUCAAUCGCCAAGAAUCCUCUUCACGCCGUCGCCAACGACACUUUGGUUCUGGAAGACAUCGAUUCCGCAACCGUCCAGCAUUUGAUCCAGUACAUCUAUCAGGGCACCCUCCAGGACAAGACCAGCGUGCUACGCAUGUGCGAGCUCUACUCUCUGGCUCACAAAUUCCGCAUGGAGGCACUCCAGGAGGUCGUCAUGACUCGUAUCAUCACCUGCAUCGUGAACGAUGUUGAGGUCUCCGCUCCAGACCUGAAAAUCGAGGCUCCCACGUCGCAAACCUCCGAGCAUCCAACACCAGCCCCGCAGAUCUCACCGUUGUACCCGCCUCUUGCUAUAGUCUUACAAUACGUCUUCGUAACGCCUACAGCACCAUGGGAACUGCGCAACCUAGUCGUCGAGACUCUGGCGUGGUGCGCCAAGCCAUCUGACCUUUUGGCCAUCUGGGGCAAACUUAAUCGGAAGAUGGCUCUAAUGCUGGCUCAUGCUGUCAUGGAGCGCCUGACAGACGUGAGACUUGCCGGCGUCGAACUGAGUCUGAUGGAGCGAUUGAAGCGCGCUGACGAGAAGAUGGCGAACGAGGCCGCGAAUUGAGCGCUUCGGAUGGAGGGUUUGCGCGAUGAUAUAUGGCAUGGGGGCACCCCUGACGCUGCCAACUAGGGUUAAGCAUUUCUGAAGUUCUGGGCUUGCGUCUCAGCAUGGAAGCACAGAUGUUUUGCACAGUUGGAGCAGGCCUUGAGGCACCCUGGGCUGCCGCAUGAACUGGGAAGGCUUGGGUUUGUCUUUUUGCGCCUAAUUUUUGAGGCUAUUUCAUUUCAGCGUGGGAUCUUGGCAUUUUGCACAUUGGAUUGGAUCUCGAGGCAUCCCAGGCAGCUCGAUGCAUUUGGAAGGUUUGGUUUUCUAUAGG